AUGUCCUCCCUCCUCGCGCCGCCCGCCUCAACGCGGGGCAUCCUGCCGCCCCGACGGCCAUCCCCGCGCGCCCCGACUGCCCGCGCCGCGCGCUCCCGCUACCGCUUCCGCACCGACGACGACGGCGUCGUCGACGUCUCCGUCGCCGCCAACGACGGCGACGGGUACACGGUCGGCGUGGAGGUCCCGCCCCGCCCGGGCGCCCCCGGGCGACCGGACGGCAACCUCCUUCUCCGCGCCGCGGACUCCGGCGACGCCGUCCCGCUGGCGUCUCCGGGCCACGGCGCCUCCCUCUCGGCCUCCCUCUCCAUCCACGCCUCCCGCGCGCCGUUCAACCUCUCCUUCCUGCUGACCGACGGCUCGGGGGCCGAGAUACGGACCCACCGCCGGACGGCCUUCCGCGUGCCGGUCGGCGUCGGGCAGGGCAGCCCCGCGCCGCUCGGCCUGACCCUGUCGCAGUCCGGGGCCGCCAACUUCGCGCUCUACAGCAAGACCGCCCAGCGCGUCGUGCUCUGCCUCUACACCGCCGCCACCAGCUGCCCCGACGAGCCCGCUCUCGAGAUCGAGCUCGACCCCUACGUCAACAGGACGGGCAACGUCUGGCACGCCUCGCUGGAGACCGUGGCGGGGUACGCCAGCUACGGCUUCCGCUGCGGCCUCUUCGGCACGGGCCACCCGCUUCUGGAUCCGUACGCCAGGGUGAUCGGGGACUUGGUCGCUGGCGAUUCAGUCUACGAGGAAGGGGCCGCUCUGCCGUCCAUGAGCUGCCUCGGAUCGCUGUCAACCCCGCCGAGCUACAACUGGGGCAGGGACAGGCGCCCCCGCCUGCCGUUGGAGAAGCUGGUGGUGUACCGGGCAAAUGUGGCUUCCUUCACCAAGGACAGGUCCAGCGGGCUGCCGGACGAUGUCGCCGGUACGUUCGCCGGGAUGGCUGCAAAGGUGCAGCACUUCAAGAGUCUCGGCGUCAACGCGGUUUUGCUGGAACCUGUGUUCCCGUUCGAUCAGGCCAAGGGGCCUUACUUCCCGUACCAUUUCUUUUCGCCGGCGAAUUCCUACAGCACUGAAGCUUGCAGUGCUUCAGCUAUCACCGCUAUGAAGGAUAUGGUCAAGGCGAUGCACAGAAGCGGAAUUGAGGUCCUCCUCGAGGUUGUUUUCACACAUACUGCUGAAGGAGAAGCAGAGUGUCAGAUGAUAUCGACCCGUGGCAUCGACAGUUCCUCUUACUACAUUUCUGGUGAGAUUGCUGGAUGCAAAUCCGGCAUAUUGAACUGCAAUGGUCCGGUGACUCAGAAGCUGAUUUUGGACAGCCUCCGCCACUGGGUGCUUGAUUUCCAUGUCGAUGGGUUUUGCUUCAUUAAUGCCCCUUUCCUUGUCAGGGGUCCACGUGGCGAGUAUCUGUCUCGGCCGCCCCUUCUUGAGUCUAUAGCUUUUGAUCCGGUUCUUUCCAAGACAAAGAUCAUCGCGGAUCCUUGGUCUCCGCUCGACAUAUCUAACGUGCAAUUCCCGUUCCCUCACUGGAAAAGAUGGGCUGAGAUGAACGCAAGGUUCUCUAUUGAUGUGCGCAGAUUCUUGAAGGGAGAAGCUCUUGUUAGCGAUCUUGCUACGCGUCUAUGUGGUAGUGGGGACCUAUUUGCCAGCAGGGGCCCAGCAUUCUCAUUCAAUUAUGUAUCCAGGAAUUCAGGACUCACUCUUGUUGAUCUGGUGAGUUUCAGCAAUGACGAUCUUGCUUCGGAGUCAAGCUGGAAUUGUGGUGAAGAAGGACCGUCUGAGAACAGUGCAGUCCUUGAGAUGAGGUUAAGGCAGAUAAGGAAUUUCAUAUUUAUUCUCUUUGUUUCCCUUGGUAUUCCUGUUCUGAACAUGGGAGAUGAAUGCGGGCACUCCUCAGCUGGUUCGACAUCAUACAAGGAGAGAGUUCCCAUAAACUGGAAAGGCUUAAAGGCCACUUUUGUUAAGGAAGUUACUGGAUUCAUUUCAUUUCUAGCUGCAUUCAGAAGUCGGCGAGGUGACAUUUUCCAGAGAAGAGAAUUCCUCAAACUGGAAAACAUAAACUGGCACGGGAGUGAUCUAUCUGAGCCACGAUGGGAGGAUCCAAGUAGCAAAUUUCUUUGCAUGCACAUAAUAGCAGAGAAUGAUGGAAACAAGUUAGAUUCAGUCAGAGGUGACUUGUACAUCUGUUUCAAUGCUAAUGUGGAGUCAGUGAGUGCUACAUUACCUGUUCCCGCAGAAGGAUCUGUAUGGCUACGCUUGGUCGAUACAUCGCUUGCGCUUCCAGGUUUCUUCGGCACCGAGUCUAACCCUAAGCGGAAACAAGUGCUAGGAUGUUCCUCCUAUGAAGUAAAAGCGCACAGCUGUGUUCUAUUUGAAUCUACAAUGGAUCUCUCCUAGUUUCUGUGAUAAGCAAUAACUCCGCUGCUAUCUAUUUCUUACUUUGAUAGACUGUUGGUCCAAAUAAGUUGCUGUGUGUUGUAGAUGAUAAUGCUAAAGUUAAUAAAAUUUAGU